UCACGCAUUUUCCUCUCUCCCUUUUUUUUUUAUCAUUACUUCCAUUUUCAGUCAUCUAAACUUUUCUUUAUCACUUCUAUAAUCUCCUACAUAUAGUAUUGGUGAUUCCCAACUUCGGCGUCCUGUUCUGUUUCCAUGAUCCCUUACAGCAUAGCAAUGGUUUGGUUAUUAAGUAAAUUUGAUAAUCUAUGUGCUUAAGAAAAGUGUCCUUAGGAAGUCUUGGGAUACUUUGUCUCAGUUUAUACAUUUUGCGUUGGUCUUUGCAUAUUAUAUUACGUAACUUUGAAAAUGGACACGAUACCAUCUGUCAUUUCGAUUGUUUGAGUGAUCCACACUUUACUUGGUUCCUUAAGGUUAGAACUGAACUUUUAUCAGGAUUUUUCGUAAGUUCUAUUUGAGUGUUACUUUAUCAUAAUCGUCUUCCUCCUUGGUUCAUCAUUGUUUUUUGGAGAUAGACCUAAGGCAAUCACACGAUGAAUUCUUGCUGCUGUGCGUUACAAGUCAAUGCCCAUUUACCAAAAGUAGGCAAAAAUGAUUUCAACAAUGGGAAUUAUGGAUUUUGGGGGCAGAAAAUCAGAGGAAGCUUAAACAACAAUGUUCUGGUUAGUCAGCUUGCGAAAAGCUUAAGAGCCGAGAAGAGAGCAAACAACAUGAAGCCCAGUAUCGCAUAUGCCGUUCUAACAUCACAAAAUGGCGCCAGAGAGACUCUUACUGUACACCAACCAGCAAUUUUCGAGAGACCGAAAGCAGAUCCAAAAAAUGUGGCCUCAAUUAUAUUAGGAGGUGGAGCUGGGACUCAUCUGUUUCCUCUUACCCGAAGGGCAGCAACACCAGCUGUUCCAGUGGGAGGAUGUUAUAGGCUUAUAGAUAUUCCGAUGAGCAACUGUAUCAAUAGCGGCAUAAACAAAAUUUUUGUGCUGACCCAAUUCAAUUCUGCUUCACUUAAUCGCCAUCUAGCACGGACAUACUUUGGAAAUGGUAUCAACUUUGGUGAUGGAUUUGUGGAGGUUUUGGCUGCUACACAAACACCGGGAGAAGCUGGAAAGAAGUGGUUUCAAGGGACUGCAGAUGCUGUGAGACAAUUCAUAUGGGUGUUUGAGGAUGCUAAGAAUCGGAACAUUGAGAAUAUACUAAUUCUGUCCGGGGAUCAUCUCUACAGAAUGGAUUAUAUGAACUUUGUGCAGUACCAUGUUGACAGAAAUGCUGAUAUCACAAUUUCUUGUGCAGCAGUUGGAGAUAGCCGUGCAUCAGAUUAUGGAUUGGUUAAGAUGGACAACAGAGGUCGCAUUGUCCAGUUUUCUGAAAAACCAAGAGAUGCCGACCUGCGAGCAAUGCAAACGGAUACUUCUCUUCUUGGUUUGCCUCCUCAAGAAGCCAUGAAAUCCCCAUAUAUUGCAUCAAUGGGAGUCUACUUGUUUAAGACGGAUAUUCUAUUGAAACUCCUCACGUGGAGGUAUCCCACUGCGAAUGACUUCGGAUCGGAAAUAAUCCCUGCCGCUGUAAUGGAGCACAACGUGCAAGCUUAUAUUUUUAGAGACUAUUGGGACGACAUUGGGACAAUAAAGUCUUUCUAUGAAGCAAAUCUCGCCCUAACAGAAGAGAUUCCAAGGUUUGAAUUUUAUGACCCUCAAACGCCCUUCUAUACAUCUCCUCGCUUUUUACCACCAACCAAAAUCGAAAAAUGCAAGAUUGUAGAUGCCAUAAUCUCACAUGGAUGUUUCUUGAGGGAAUGUACUGUCCAACAUUCCAUAGUAGGCGAAAGAUCACGCUUAGAUUACGGUGUUGAGCUUCAGGAUACGUUGAUGCUGGGUGCAGACUACUACCAGACUGAAUCUGAAAUUGCAGCUCUCCUAGCAGAAGGAAAGGUGCCGAUGGGGAUUGGACGGGACACGAAAAUCAAGAACUGCAUAAUUGACAAGAAUGCUAAGAUAGGAAAAAACGUGGUUAUCAUGAAUAAAGAUGGUGUUCAAGAGUCAGAUAGGCCAGAGGAGGGUUUCUACAUUCGAUCUGGAAUAACUGUUAUAGUGGAGAAGGCGACAAUAGAAGAUGGAACUAUUAUAUAAAGGGAUCUCACACCUAGUAAUUCUCUCAAUCUGUUCGAGAGAGAGGAUUGAUAGAGCAUUAUAAAAGCUGGAAUGCAGUUCCCAGACAGAUGCUGGAGAUUCCAUGGAAAUAAACAGAAAAAUCUGCAGCAUUAAUUUUCUCCUGGAAGAAGUAAGCUUAUAAAGGCUUUGUUAGUGCAUAUGUAAAUUAGACGGUCUUUCACUUCCAUGUUGAAGUGGAGCUUAUAAAGGCUGAUAGAUAGAGAAGCAAGAAUAUCCCAAUAAGGUUCGAAAACUUAUUUUUAGGAGAGUAGAGGAUGAAUCUACAUGCUAUGAGCAACCAAAGUCAUAUUUUUGGAGAUUUUUUUGUUUUUGUAUGAUAAAUAAAUGGCUUAGUGACAUAUGGUCAAUCCUCCUAGAA